AGAGAGAGAGCUAAGUUCAGUCCUGAUCAUUGGGACCCUCAGGACCACACCAUUUUCUGUCAUUCACUUACUUAAAUUAGACUAUUGAGUUUUUAAAAUGGGACAAUUAAAAUAAAUACACAAUUUCCCACACCCAAAAUAUUUAGCCUAUUUUUAAUAGCCGUAGUUAGCUAAGUUAGUAUUUUUAAGCGAACACACUGAAUGGAUUUCAUUUGCCCUGGAUGUUAUGGAUUUGCUACUUCUGCAGACUGAACAUUUAUUUUUUGUGGAAACGACAUCGACGACAUAGUUGUGGAUUGUUUGAACGCGAAUUCUUCUCACAGAGAACAAUUUCUGAAGUUUUUUUUUCGCGCGACUGUGGACGGGUGAUUCAAGUUCUCAGCGGAUUUCAAAUAAAGAGAGUGAAACCGACGGAUAGGCGUCGGGAUUUGAAGGAUUCAUCCUUCUCUCGUAAAACAUCCCUCAGGGAUUCUCGCCUCGGUCUCUCUCUGAAGACCUGUUCCCCAUCUAUCAGCGAACAGAAAGACUGGGCGCACACUGGAUCUGAAAAUACUGUACGUUAGUUUUCACUUGAAGCCCAAUAUCUCAUCACUCAGGUGUAGUAAACGGUCAGCGUUUUAACGGUCAGCUGUCUCAAUAAUAACAUCUAAUCGCAAACUAAAUCACACGAACGUGAGAUACGUGGAAGCAUCACAUUAGGCUGCUGCAAAUUAAGACAUUUGAGAAAGACAGAGGUGAUUUACUGCAUUCAUGGCGGCCAUAGCAACUGUCCCCAACUACACCCCAUCGGUAUGGGUACGGUUAUGCCAUGCCAUUCCUCGCCUGGACUUGACCCUGCAGACCCGAGACAGCGUGUUCACUCCAGACAGCUGGGAGUACCAGCAGACUCUCCUGGUCCUUUCCAGCUUCUCCGCCAUUGCUCUCGUCCUCUCGUUGCUUGUCGUUCUCUCCUUCCUCAUCCACUACUGCUGCUGCCAUCGUGGCGAGGGGGGCAGGGAUGCAGAGGAAGAGGAGGAAGACGAUGAUGCCAGCGGUGGCCAUGGAUACAGUGGCAAAAAAGGGCGGGGCAUUUGCUGUGUCACAUGGGUAUCAGUUGCAGCCGUCACAUUGUGUUGUGUUGCCAUAGGCAUCGGUUUCUACGGCAACAGUGAGGCGAACGAUGGGAUGUAUCAGUUGACCUCAUCCUUGCUCACUGCCAAUUACACGCUGGCUUCCAUCGAUCUUCUGGUUUCAGACACCGUGGCCGGGCUUCAGCAGUCUGUCUCAGGACCCUUGACCACUUUGGAGGAUGUGUUUGGAGGACAUAAGCCGGCGCUUGUGUCCACACGCUCCUGCAGGCGUCUUUCAGAGCGGGUCGUGUCUAUCCUCUCCAACCUGACUCUGGGAAGAGGUCUGAUUCCCAUCGGUGAUGGAUUUUACAGGGCGAAUGGGAGCGAAAGCAUAGUAGGAGCACUUACCCCAGCCCCACCUUCUGUAGCCAUCACUCUCAGUCCAUCCGCCAACAGUAUUCCUGCGCCCUUCUCCCCAGGCUGGGCAGCCAACACCCUCAUGGUGAAUGAAGACUAUAGGUGGCUGUCGUACGUGCUCCUGCUUUUACUGGAUCUGGUGGUGUGUUUCUUUAUUCUUCUGGGUUUAGCCAAACAGGCCCGCUGGCUACUUAUUCUGAUGACAGUGCUGGCCUGGUUGGCUCUGUUUCUGAGUUGGGGUUCUCUCGGCCUGGAGACGGCCACAGUGGUGGCCCUGAGUGAUUUUUGCUUUGAUCCAAACACAUUUGUACUGAACUCCACUCACUUCAACUCUAGGACAAGCACAGAUAUCCUGGAUUAUUACCUAACCUGCAGCAGGAAAAUGAACAGCCCUUUUCAACAGAUACUGACCCAGUCCCAGAGAGCGCUUUCCAGCAUCCACUCUCACCUUUCCAGUCUGGAGAGAGACUCCCUCCCACGGUUCCCAAAGGCAGAGAAGUCACUCAGGGAGGUACAGCAGAUCCUCAACACCACUGAGGGGAACUUCCACCAGCUGGUAGCACUCCUCAACUGUCGAGGGCUGAACAAGGAUUAUGUUGACUCUCUGAAAGGCCUGUGCUAUGAUGGGAUGGAGGGGUUGCUCUAUCUUUCCCUGUACUCGUUUCUCUCCGCUUUGGCGUUCACAGCUAUUCUUUGCUCCCUCCCUGGAGCCUGGAGGAGUUUCCACAGUGAUUCAGAGGAAUACGAGGACUCCGACAGCGAAAGCGAGGACCCCUUCACUUCUCAUCAGGCACGUAGACCGACGACCACGGGCUCCCAGCGAGGGGCCUUGCCCCCCUUCUAUAGUUACCAGGGGGCCGGCUGGACUCCCCCCUUUUCUAGCGCGCCUCCGUUACCGACUCCAAACGUUUCCUCCAAUGGCAACCCUGGUUAUGAGAACCUGCCUUUGAGUGACAGGCAGUCCCCACCCCCCUCUUACAGUACUCUCCCAGCAUGCUGACCGGCUACGGCGCCAGUCAAUCACACCCCAACCCCUCCCAUUCAAGAAACCUGUACUCGCACUAAUUAUUUUUCUGUAUAGUAGGAAAAGAAAGAUAUAUAGCAAGGUUUAGUUUUCAUAUGGAUGGACACUUUAUGAGAUGAGAGACUAAUUUAAAACUCUAGAUGUUAAAUAUCUGUGUGUAACGUCAGUACCAUUGAGUCUUUUGGGUGUAACACACUUACAAAGUGAGUGACAGAUAAAGCCAUCCGCUUCAUUUAGUCGUACGAUCCUGUCACUUCCUCUCCCUCUAGUGUCAUGCUGUACAUAUAGCUGGUGGAAACAAGAUGGUAUUGACGUUACAGUAGUGGUCUAUUUUUAAAUGUAUAACCACUUUAUUUUGGAGUUUUUUAUAUUGUUAUAUGUAGUCACAGAUGCAUAGUGGCGAUGGCACAAUUUCUUUGUAUGAUUAUGCAGUUUUCUCUUCACCUUUCUUUCUUUUUUUUUUACUAUUUGACAGGACCCUAUUUUAUAAGUGGAAAUUCUGUAUUACCUUGUAUACCCUCUGAUACUAUACAAUUAUUUAUUUAUAUAAUAUAAAUAUAUGAAUAUAUAUAGUCACUGUAUAAACGUUUGAUUGUUAAUGCAUUUUGAUGAUCAAAAAAAAAAAAAAAACCUGUAAAAAAUUGUUGAGGGCUAGUGUGUGUUUCCUCUGCUGGCUCUGUGCAAUACAACUGCGUUUUGCCAAUUGCAAUGCAAUGGCCACGAUGUAAGCAGCAAUAAUCAUCAGGACAUCUUGCAAAACACCAUCUGUGUCUGUGUGUGCCAGAGGUCUUGAAGACAUCAUAUAUAUAUAUAUAUAUAUAUAUAUAUAUAUAUGAAAUUGCAUUGGUCCCUUCUCUUGGCUAUCAACCUGUUGUUAAUCCUUAAAAAAAAUGAGUUUCUAUGGUUUAAUGCUCCUUUUGAAUGACAUCCUUUUUCACUACAGAGUCUAAUAUAAAUGAAAUAAAAAUAGAGUAACAAAAGUGGAA